CAGCGCGGUGACGUCAGACGCCGGUGUUGAGGCAGAGCUGCUUCGGUCGGGAUUCAUCUGAAAACAGCUUGCAGGUUAUAAAGCUGAACAUUACCGAGCGAACAGUGUACUUUAGCGAUGUUUGUUCGUGUUUACACGAGUAUCCUCCAGAGAGCCUACACAUUCCCUCUUCAUGCUGCAGUCCAGCCACAGGCAGGCAAUCAUUGUCUUUUCUCAUCCUGGAGUAUACCCAGAUCAUACCGUUGGAGCUAUUUUUCAGAGGAAUCUGGAAAUUUGUGUCAAAGCAGGCGACAGUUCUCAACUCAUCAAAAUCUAGAUUUCCAGCAGAGCCGUGUGCAAAUCAAUAAUAUUCUUAGAGGCAAUGAGCAGACUGUGAAUGUGCUGGAGUUUGAUGGCAGGGGACUUAAUUCUGUGAAAAAGUUCGACAGCAACCAGUUACCUGCUAAUACACCUAAUGAAGACCGUCGUAGUGCAGCUACUUGCUUACAGUCAAAGGGCAUGCUUUUCGGGGUGUUUGAUGGCCACGGAGGUUGGGCGUGUGCUCAGGCUGUGAGCGAGCGGCUGCUGUACUAUGUGGCAGUCGCACUGAUGCCGAAACACACCUUGGAGAUGCUUGAGAACUGCAUGGAGAAUGGCAGACCUUUACCUCCCAUCUUACAAUGGCACAAACAUCAUACAGAUUUUAAUUAUCGUGACUCUGCCUCCCUGUAUAUCGACCACCUCAGAGUCUUCUGGCAAGAAUUACUGGACAGUGAGGAAUAUGAUGAAGGCAUGAGUCCCAGGGAUGCUCUGGAUCGUGCUUUCAAACGACUCGAUGCUGAUAUUUCCUUAGAGGCUCAAGUUCCUCUUUCCAGUGACCUGAUGAAAAGUACAGCAAUCCAGGUUGCAUUUGCAGGGUGCACUGCCUGUGUGGCUCAUGUGGGCGCCGAUGGGAUCCAUGUCGCAAACACCGGUGACUGCCGCACAGUAGUAGGGGUCCUGAAUGAGGACGGUUCAUGGAGCACUUUACCUCUAUCUCAGGACCACAACUCUCUGAAUCAGGCUGAGGUGGAACGACUCCGAGCCCAGCAUCCGCCUUCAGAGAGGGACACUGUGGUCAUAGAUGACAGAUUGCUCGGGGUUCUGAUGCCCUUGCGUGCAUUUGGGGACGUGAGAUUCAAAUGGAGCCUUGAGUUGCAGCAGAGCAUUUUGGCCAGCCUGGAAUGCGGCGUGGACUUAGACUCCCUUAACUUGUAUCAGUAUACUCCCCCUAACUACCUCACACCACCCUACCUGGAGGUGACACCUGAUAUAACUUACCACAAGCUGAGACCUGAGGACCGCUUCCUGAUCCUCGGUACUGAUGGCCUGUGGGAUGAACUAGCGAGUGAAGAGGCGGUGCGACUUGUUGGAGAGCACUUAAGUGGAAUUCAUUUACAGGCUCCGGUUUCUCCAUCUGAGAAGCAGCUGAAGCUGGGUCAGAUGCAUGAACUUUUGCUGAAACGGCGAGCGCGUGCUUCCCCAGCACUGGACACCAACGCUGCCACGCACCUCAUCAGGCACGCUCUCGGGACCGGGGACUGUGGAGAGCUGUCCCAAGAGAGACUGGCCUCAAUGCUCGCUUUGCCAGAGGACCUGGCUCGUAUGUACAGAGACGAUAUCACAGCUACGGUGGUCUAUCUGAACUCUGAUUUGGCCAGACGUCAUCACAGCUAACAAAAAUCUUUUAUUCCAAUAUCGUGCACCAAAAAAAAAAAGAAAAUAGGUUUACAAAGUCUGCUGACGCUAGAAUGUUAUCUACUUUAAUCAUGUUAAAGGCUCAUCAUGUCACAGUCACCAGUCUGUUGUCUAGUCUUUUCCGGCCAAAAAUCAUAUCCUGUUACAGAAACUGAUUGAUAAAAAUGUUUAAGUGUAAAGACAGAUUUCAGUGAUGUAUGAUGUGCAGGAAAUAUUUUAAAUAGAUCUCGAUUAGAUAGGUUCAAAACAGACGGCAUAUUCACAUUUCAGGUCAAAAAUGCUGAAAAGUAUGAUUCACGUCAAAACUGAAACAAUGUAAGUGAGUAUCGGUUUACAGAUCAAUCCAUACACUAUCCUUGUCUUCUGUCUGCAGUCCUGCACGGACCAUCCGUCUCUUUUCUUUUUUCUUUUCUGCUGUUUACUGUAUUUUUAUGUAAGCUGUGAAUUUUACCUUUUAAAUCCUCUCAGUAAUUUGCCUUUAAAUGUUUUUGUAUUUUUACUGUCCAUAUUGCAAAACAAUGAUAAUGUAAUUGUUUUAUAUUAAAUGACUCAAAAUUA